CAUCCGCGCCUCCUCGGCUCCUAUGCACAGACGUGCUCUUCUAAUGCACCUUUUCCGAGAAUGAACAACCCCGGCUCGCUCGAUCUAGCUUCUAACCGCCACAAUGCCGCUCCUGUGGAGCUAAUGAAACGAGGGAUUGUGAUGCAUUCCCACCUUAAGUCUCCUUCAUGGUGACAGCUCCGUCAGACAGCGAAUUCACUUACAGAACGUACGGAUUACAAUGGCAAACAUCAGAGCACUCCGUUUUCAUGCUAAGAAUGAUGUUAGGGUCGAGGAUGUAACGAUACAGGCGUGUGGUAACGAUGAUGUACGAGUCAAAAUUGCAUACUGUGGCAUUUGUGGCACAGAUGUCCACGAGUAUCUUGGGGGACCAAUCUUUCCGCCUCAGCCAGGCCAAAGCAACCCUCACACUGGUGCCGAACUGCCUGUGGUCAUGGGCCACGAAAUGUCCGGCACCAUCGUCGAGGUUGGUUCUAAUAUCAGCCAAGUUAAGGUCGGCCAGAAUGUGGCCAUAAAUCCAUCUAUGGAUGACAGACACCAUGGCAAGGAACGUUGUGUGACGUGCGAGUCAGGGCGGCCAAACAUCUGCAAAAAUUGGGCAUGUUACGGGCUAAGCGCUCAUGGAGGAGGAUUUGCUGAUGAGAUCGUGGUGAGGGCGGUCAGUUGCAUCCCGCUCCCAAAGGGCGUAUCGCUCAAGGUUGGGGCAUUAGCGGAGCCUUUGGCUGUCGCCUCCCACAUGAUUCGAAUUUCCGGAUUCAAGAAAGGCCAAGACGCAGUAAUACUAGGCGCAGGCCCAAUCGGACUCUCUCUACUUCUCCUGUUGAAGUCUCGGGGCGCGAGGAAAGUGAUUAUCAGCGAAGUGACCGAAUUAAGAUCGCGUCAAGCGGAGAAAUUUGGAGCCGACCUGGUAGUUAAUCCGCUCGCAAAAUCACCGGAUGGAGACAAUUUCGAUACAUGGAACCCAGUUCUAGACGCUAUGCACGGCAUUAUAGUGGAUGGAGCAGACAUUGUCUUCGAUGCUACAGGCAUUCAAUCAACUAUGGACACUGCAAUGGCCGUGGUUAAACCUGGCGGUAUUGUGUUCAACGUAGCAAUCCACGAAAAACCGCUGCUCAUCAACCCCAACAGUUUCUCAUUUAAAGAGGUCAAGCUUAUGGGCGGUAUUUGCUACACGAAUGAAGACUUUGAGGACGUUCUCGAAGACCUUGCGAGCGGAAAGAUGGCCGCUGAGGACAUGAUAACAUCGAUUGUACCACUUGAGAAGGCUAUUCAAGGUGGCUUCUUAGAGCUCAUCCACAACAGGGCGGAGCAUGUGAAGAUUCUCAUCCAGCCCUCAAAGUCUGCGCAUCAAGUCUAGA